UGUAUCUUCUCCUCCACUCAAACUUUAUCAAAGCUAUUACUUUGCUGCAAAGGGGAAUAUUAUAGUCUUGCAAUCAAUACUUGCAUCUGUUCACUAUUCCAAAUAUAUAUUUUUUUCUACCUAAUAUCUUCUCCUCCACACAAAUGUUAUCAAGUUAAUAUACUCAUACACAAAAACAAAGAGCAACCAUUUUAGAUUUUUCAUCAACUAAAAAGAUCCGGAGAAUUUGACUAAUUUAAAAGACACUUACCGUCAUGAAAAAACAAGGAGAAAUAAAGAAAGGGAAAGCAAACAAUUUUGAGGUGUCAUUUUCUGCUCUUCGCAAGGAUGUUGUCAACGUUCAGGAUUUCUUGGAGGGGUUAAAGAAUGAAGAAGAUCAAUAUGUUGUUGAGAUAGCCGGUCAAAUUGAAGAGCUGAAAUAUCAUCUGGCAUUUAUUUGUACAUAUGUCCAGAUUUCUCAUUGUGAUUUGGAAGAGUUUGACGACGAAAUGAGUGAGUCAAGACAAGAGGUUGAGAAUCUGCUUAAACCAAUUUUGGAUGAUGUUGACAGCAACGUCGGGUGUAAAUACAACAUGGAUCGUGUCCUUCCUAGCCUCAUGGAUAAUAUCGAUGAAUGUAUCAGCUCAUGUCAUCGUUCUAAAUCAAAUGCCACCAUGACUGACGAGCAGUUGGACUUCCUCCUCCUGAAUCUCCACCGUCUAUCCAAGUAUCUUGCUGAACAGAUAUUUCCAUUAGAGACUCAGCAUGAGAUUCUUCAGACUGUGUCUGGCAACAUGAAGGAUUUCCAUGGGUUGAUAGUGAAUGGUUGCAUUGAGCACGAGAUUGUUCAAUAUGUCUUGCCUCAGUUUCAACUCAUGGCUGAGAGAGUUUCAUUCUUCCUUUGGGAUUAUCGACUUCAUUGGCGCUCUCGACUCUUCAAGCUAGCACAUCUACUCAUGAAGAUUAUUCCAAUUGAACUGGAGGUGAUGCACAUAUGUUAUACAAAUUUGAAAGCUUCACCAUCAGCAGAAGUUGGACGCUUUAUUAACCAGCUCCUGGAAACCUCUCCAGAAGUUCUGAGGGAAUAUCUGAUUCAUCUACAAGAGCACAUGAUAACUGUUACUACCCCUAGCACUUCAGGGGCUCUAAACAUUCAUGCCAUGAUAGAGUUUCUAUUGAUUAUUCUUACUGAUAUGCCCAAGGACUUUAUUCAUCAUGGCAAAUUAUUUGAUCUUUUGGCACGUGUUGGAGAACUUACCAAGGAGGUAUCAACUCUUGUUCACGACUUAGAAGAAAAAUUAUCAGAGAGUACCGAUGAAACAAGUUGUGCAACACUAGACUUGCUGAAAAAUAUUGAACUCCUCAAGGAUGAUCUCAAACAUGGUUAUCUGAAAGCCCCGGACACAUAUCAAUGUUGCUUCCCCAUGAAUGAUGGACCACUCUUCAUGCAUCUUCUACUCAUCCACUUGAAUGUUCUGCUAGAUUCCAAUUCUUAUUCAAUUGCUUUGAUAAAGGAUGAGAUUAAGCUGGUGAAAGAAACCCUCGAAUUCAUAAGAUCGUUCUUCGUGAAAGUUGAGCAAGGAUUGUAUAAAGAUCUAUGGGCACGUGUUUUAGAUGCGGCAUAUGAGGCAAAAGAUGUCAUUGAUUCAAUUAUUAUUCGAGAUAAUGGUCUCUUACAUCUUAUUUUCUCACUUCCCAUCACCAUAAAAAUGAUCAGGCUUAUCAAAGAAGAAGUCUCCAAUAUAUAUGAGAAGAUUCCCAAGAACAGCAGCCUCACUGUACUAAACUCUACCAAGAUGACAGUUGAAAACAAGUCAUUGACAGCGGGUAAAAUAAUUGUAGGUUUUGAGGAGGAGACAACCUGGUUAAUUAGUAAGCUCACCAGUGGACCGAAAGAUCUUGAUGUCAUCUCAAUCACUGGUAUGCCGGGUUCAGGCAAAACUACUUUGGGGUACAAAGUAUACAAUGACAAAUCAGUUUGUAGUCAUUUCGACCUUCGUGCAUGGUGCACAGUCGACCAAGAUUAUGACGAGAAGGAGGUGUUGGUAAAACUCUUUAAUCAAGUUACUGGCUCGGAUUUGAAGUUCAGUGAGGAUAUUGAUGUUGCUGAUAAGCUGCGGAAACAAUUGUAUGGAAAGAGGUACCUAAUUGUGUUAGAUGACGUGUGGGAUACUACUACAUGGGAUGAGUUGACCAGACCUUUUCCUAAAGUUGAGAAAGGUAGUAGAAUUAUUUUGACGACUAGGCAAAAGGAAGUGGCUUGUCACGGAAAGGGCAUUACUGAUCCUCUUAACCUUCGAUUGCUAAGACCAGAAGAAAGUUGGGAGUUAUUAGAGAAAAGGGCAUUUGGAGAAGAGAGUUGCCCCGAUGAACUAUUGGAAGUUGGUAAAGAAAUAGCCCAAAAUGGUAAGGGACUCCCUUUGGUUGUUGAUCUGAUUGCUGGAGUCAUUGCAGGGAGGGAAAAGUCAAAGUCUGUGUGGCUUGAAGUUCGAAAUAAUUUGAAUUCCUUUAUUUUGAACAGUGAAGUGGAUGUGAUGAAGGUUAUAGAAUUAAGUUAUGACCAUUUACCUCAUCACAUGAAGCCGUGUUUUCUCUAUCUUGCACGUUUUCGGAAGGACAAAAAAAUCAACAGAAAUCUGUUGAAAAUGUAUUGGCGUGCUGAAGGGCUUGUUGAAAGAAUGAAGAUGAUGAAUGUGGAAGAAGAAAUGGAAAUAUUUUUGGAUAAUUUAAUUUCCAGUAGCUUGGUAAUUGCUUUCAAUGAGAUAGGUAAUCUCCCGGCUUGCCAAAUUCAUGAUCUUGUGCACGACUUUUGUUUGAUAAAAGCAAGAGAGGAAAAGUUGUUUGGCCUGAUAAGUUCAAGUGAACCAUCUUCUUCAGAUUUGAUGCCACGUAUAGUGAACAUUUAUUAUGAUGAGGAGCACUUUGGCUCUAACAAUUUCGUCCUGCUCGAUUCAAAAAUGAAAAAGCAUUCUGGUAAACACCUCUAUUCUUUGUUGGUAACUGGACACAAGAUGUUCCACAGUCUUUCUGAUGCAUGUCACUUAAGACACUUGAGGCUUCUUAGAGUGUUGAUCCUGAAUCCCUCUUUUAUGAUGGUUAAAGAUUCUUUGCUGAAUGAAAUAAGCAUGUUGAAUCAUUUGAGGUUCUUAUACAUUGGGACAAAGGUUAAAUCUCUACCUUCAUCUUUCUCAAACCUCUGUAAUCUAGAAACCCUCUGGGUUAUUAACAAAGGAUCAACCUUGGUACUAUUACCGAGUAUUUGGGAUCUUGUAAAGUUGCGAGUGCUGAACGUGACUGCUUGUUAUUUCUUUGAUAUGGAGACAAAUGAACCAAUACUGAUAGCAGAGGACUCAAAGUUAGAGAACAUGAGAGAAUUAGGGAAACUCGUGCUUUCCUAUUCGGAAGAAACAAAGCAUAUUUUCAAAAGGUUUCCCAAUCUCCAAAGGCUUAGCUUUGUUCUCAAGGAAUCAUGGGAUAACUCAACAGAGCGAUAUUGGUUCCCGAAAUUGGAUUUCCUAACUGAACUAGAUUUCCUCAGAAUUUAUUUUGAAAGUUCAAACACAAACGAUUGUGGGUCCUCUGUAGCGACAAAUUGGUCGUGGGAUUUUCACUUGCCUUCCAAUUUGAAAAAAUUGGUGUUGAAUGACUUUCCUUUGACAUCCGAUUCACUAUCAACAAUAGUAAGACUGCCCAACCUUGAAAACUUGUUCCUUGAGAGGACAAUCAUGCAAGGGGAAGAAUGGAACAUGGGGGAGGAAGACACCUUUGUGAAUCUCAAAUUUUUGGAGUUGGAAGAAGUGACUCUUGCUAAGUGGGAGUUUGGAGAGGAAUCCUUUCCCGUGCUCGAGAAAUUAAAACUGCGCGAAUGUUGCAAGCUUGAAGAGAUUCCGCCUAAUUUUGGGGAUGUUUGUUCAUUGAAAAUUAUUCAACUUGUAGAGAGCCCUCAUCUUGAAGAUUCAGCUCGGAAGAUUAAGGAAUAUGUUGAGGAUAUGUUGGGAGGGGAGCUUGAGGUCCUUGGUCCGAAUAAUAUCCCAUUAUUUAAGUAGCUUGAAGAAUUAUGUGGGAUCCUGAGAACAUUGAAAGGAAUAGAAGGAGAAGUACAAUCAAGGAAGUAGGAAAAGAUAAUGAAAACCAAUAACUCAUCGGUAAUAAAGCUACCGAGAAGUCCCAAUGCAACAAGAAGUGGGAUAUUCGCAUGCAAAGAGUUUGAAUUGUGAUGCAGGGUGGUGGAAUUCACGUGCACCACGAAUCAGCCACCGAUGAACAUUUGGUGUUGGAGGGCUGCUGUGUGCAAUGAUCAAUGAGUUCAAAUAGGUGCUAGCUGUACAACAUUUGGCCUCAUGUGCAACAUUGGUUGAAUUUUUAUUACUGGGGCCUACUUUUCUGGCGUACUGGCUGAUCGUCACGGAGUUCAAAUAAAUGUGCAGUAUGCUUUUCAAGACUGCUAUCAACUCAAAGGCUUGAGCAGGUUUUGGAACGGAGUGCCAGCCUAUUUUUCGCUUAUAUGUCAUGUUCGAAUCCUUGAUCUUGGUAUGAUGAUCAGGCAGUCUUACAAGUUGCAGCCUCUGUGGGUGUGUGGUUAUGUUGACGAAAUCGGUCUUGAGGAUAUUGCCACCUAUUGUAAGGCCCUUGAAACCUUAGGGCAUUUCCUUAUGCGCAAGAACUGAAUGUAUCCUUGACAGAGCGAGGCAUUGUAGCUAUCUCCACUGGCUUCCCUAAGCUCCACUCAGUUCUAUACUUCUACCGCAAAAUGACAAAUACCAUCUUGGUUACUAUUGCAAGGAACCGUCCUAACAUGAUCCGAUUUUGUGUGUGUUUAGUCGAGCCUCAAUCUCCUGAUUACCUAACCCAUGGACCGCUCGAUGCUGGUUUUGACGCCGUCGUCCAUCACUGCAAGGGAUUGCGACAACUUUCCCUUUCUGGCCUCCUUACAGAUUUUGUGUUCUAUUACAUCAGGGCCCAUGCUAAGAGUCUAGAGAUGCUCUUCGUAUAUCGAGGCUUCCACAGAGUCCUCUCCCUGGAGAUCAGAGACUGCUCCUUCAACGGCAAGGCUGGAGAUGAUGCGGUAUCUUUGGUUGUCUUCCUGUUCAGUAGAUUAUGGCGCGUGUUUGUUGCUAGCUCAGAGGUUUCCAAGAGUUAAGGUCAUCCGGACACGAGACCAGAAAUUUUCCCGGUUGAGAAACUUUUCAUAUACAGGACAGUGGCAGGACGGAGGUUUGACAUGACUGAUUCCAUUUGGACCGUUGAUGAAGAUGCAGCAGCAUCAACUUCAUAUAGGACUGGGUAUUGAUCCAUGGUUCUGAAUAGGAGAACUGCAGUUAUUAGUUCUACAUUGAUCUUUCUCCGCACUUUUUUGCUCGAGCCCCUUGUGUAGGUUUAGUGUGCUGGUUGUGGUCGACGGAACAUUGGAGCUAAAUGUUAUUGAAGAAGGCUUUUGAAGCUCAUACACUAUCAAUUGUAGUUCUUGUCUCGAAAUUCUAAAUAUGUAUUAAGUUUAGCACAUUUGAAUCAA